AUGGGCACCUGGCCAUUCAGUAAGACGAUAGACGAUGGGCACCUGGCCAUUCAGCAAGACGAUGGGCACCUGGCCAUUCAGCAAGACGAUGGGCACCUGGCAAUUCAGCACGACGAUGGGCACCUGGCAAUUCAACAAGACGAUGGGCACCUAGCCAUUCAGCAAGACGAUGGGCACCUGGCCAUUCAGCAAGACGAUAGACGAUGGGCACCUGGCCAUUCACACGACGAUAGACACCUGACCAUUCAGCAAGACGAUAGGCACCUGACCAUUCAGCAAGACGAUAGGCACCAGGCCCUUCAGCAUGACGAUAGGGACCUGGCCAUUCAGCAAGACGAUGGGCACCAGGCCAUUCAGCAAGACGAUAGGCACCUGGCCAUUCAGCAAGACGACAUGCACCAGUCCAUUCAUCAAGACGAUAGGCACCAGACCAUUCGGCAAGACGAUAGGCACCAGGCCAUUCAGCAAGACGAUAGACACCUGACCAUUCAGCAAGACGAUAUGCACCUGGCCAUUCAGCAAGACGAAAGGCACCUGACCAUUCAGCAAGACGAUAGGCACCAGGCCAUUCAGCAAGACGAUAGACACCUGACCAUUCAGCAAGACGAUAUGCACCUGGCCAUUCAGCAAGACGAUAGGCACCUGACCAUUCAGCAAGACGAUAUGCACCAGGCCAUUCAGCAAGACGAUAGGCACCUGGCCAUUCAGCAAGACGAUAGGCACCAGGCCAUUCAGCAAGACGAUAGGCACUUGGCCAUUCAGCAAGACGUUAGGGACCUGGCCAUUCAGCAAGACGAUAGGAACCUGGCCAUUCAGCAAGACGACAUGCACCAGGCCAUUCAUCAAGACGAUAGGCACCACACCAUUCAGCAAGACGAUAGGCAAUUGGCCAUUCAGCAAGACGUUAGGGACCUGGCCAUUCAGCAAGACGAUAGGGACCUGGCCAUUCAGCAAGACGACAUGCACCAGGCCAUUCAUCAAGACGAUAGGCACCAGACCAUUCAGCAAGACGAUAGGCACCAGGCCAUUCAGCAAGACGAUGGGCACCAGGCCAUUCAGCAAGACGAUUGUGACCUGGCCAUUCAGCAAGACGACAUGCACCAGGCAAUUCAGCAAGACGAUAGGCACCUGGCCAUUCAGCAAGACGGUAGGCACCUAGAAAAUCAGCAAGACGAUAGGCACCUGGCCAUUCAGCAAGACGGUAGGCACCCAGAAAAUCAGCAAGACGAUAGGCAUCAGGCCAUUCAGCAAGACGAUAGGCACCUAGCAAAUCAGCAAGACGAUAGGCACCAGGCCAUUCAGCAAGACGAUAGGCACCAGGCCAUUCAGCAAGACGAUAGGGACCUGACCAUUCAGCAAGACGAUAUGCACCUGGCCAUUCAGCAAGACGAUAUGCACCUGACCAUUCAGCAAGACGAUAGGCACCAGGCCAUUCAGCAAGACGAUAGGCACCUGGCCAUUCAGCAAGACGAUAGGCACCAGGCCAUUCAGCAAGACGAUAGGCACUUGGCCAUUCAGCAAGACGUUAGGGACCUGGCCAUUCAGCAAGACGAUAGGGACCUGGCCAUUCAGCAAGACGACAUGCACCAGGCCAUUCAUCAAGACGAUAGGCACCAGACCAUUCAGCAAGACGAUAGGCACCAGGCCAUUCAGCAAGACGAUGGGCAGCAGGCCAUUCAGCAAGACGAUAGUGACCUGGGCAUUCAGCAAGACGAUGGGCACCUGGCAAUUCAGCAAGACGAUAGGCACCUGGCCAUUCAGCAAGACGAUAGGCACCUACAAGACGAUAGGCACCAGGCCCUUCAGCAUGACGAUAGGGACCUGGCCAUUCAGCAAGACGAUGGGCUCCUGGCUAUUCAGCAAGACGAUAGGCACCAGGCCAUUCAGCAAGACGUUAGGGACCUGGCCAUUCAGCAAGACGAUAGGGACCUGGCCAUUCAGCAAGACGAUAGACACCUGACCAUUCAGCAAGACGAUAUGCACCUGGCCAUUCAGCAAGACGAACGGCACCUGACCAUUCAGCAAGACGAUAGGCACCAGGCCAUUCAGCAAGACGAUAGACACCUGACUAUUCAGCAAGACGAUAUGCACCUGGCCAUUCAGCAAGACGAUAGACACCUGACCAUUCAGCAAGACGAUAGGCACCAGGCCAUUCAGCAAGACGAUAGGCACCUGGCCAUUCAGCAAGACGAUGGGCUCCUGGCUAUUCAGCAAGACGAUAGGCACCAGGCCAUUCAGCAAGACGUUAGGGACCUGGCCAUUCAGCAAGACGAUGGGCUCCUGGCUAUUCAGCAAGACGAUAGGCACCAGGCCAUUCAGCAAGACGUUAGGGACCUGGCCAUUCAGCAAGACGAUAGGGACCUGGCCAUUCAGCAAGACGAUAGACACCUGACCAUUCAGCAAGACGAUAUGCACCUGGCCAUUCAGCAAGACGAACGGCACCUGACCAUUCAGCAAGACGAUAGGCACCAGGCCAUUCAGCAAGACGAUAGACACCUGACUAUUCAGCAAGACGAUAUGCACCUGGCCAUUCAGCAAGACGAUAGGCACCUGACCAUUCAGCAAGACGAUAGGCACCAGGCCAUUCAGCAAGACGAUAGGCACCUGGCCAUUCAGCAAGACGAUAGGCACCAAGCCAUUCAGCAAGACGAUAGGCACUUGGCCAUUCAGCAAGACGUUAGGGACCUGGGCAUUCAGCAAGACGAUAGGAACCUGGCCAUUCAGCAAGACGACAUGCACCAGGCCAUUCAUCAAGACGAUAGGCACCAGACCAUUCAGCAAGACGAUAGGCACUUGGCCAUUCAGCAAGACGUUAGGGACCUGGCCAUUCAGCAAGACGAUAGGGACCUGGCCAUUCAGCAAGACGACAUGCACCAGGCCAUUCAUCAAGACGAUAGGCACCAGACCAUUCAGCAAGACGAUAGUGACCUGGCCACUCAGCAAGACGAUGGGCACCUGCAAGACGGUAGGCACCCAGAAAAUCAGCAAGAAGAUAGGCAUCAGGCCAUUCAGCAAGACGAUAGGCACCUAGCAAAUCAGCAAGACGAUAGGCACCUGGCAAUUCAGCAAGACGAUAGGCACCUAGCAAAUCAGCAAGACGAUAGGCACCAGGCCAUUCAGCAAGACGAUAGGCACCAGGCCAUUCAGCAAGACGAUAGUGACCUGGGCAUUCAGCAAGACGAUGGGCACCUGGCCAUUCAGCAAGACGAUAGGCACCUGGCCAUUCAUCAUGACGAUAGGCACCAGGCCAUUCAGCAAGACGAUAGGCACCUGGCCAUUCAGCAAGACGAUAUGCACCUGGCCAUUCAGCAAGACGGUAGGCAUCAAGGCGAUAGGCACCAGGCCAUUCAGCAAGACGAUGGGCACCAGGCCAUUCAGCAAGACGACAUGCACCCGGCCAUUCAGCAAGACGAUAGGGACCUGGCCAUUCAGCAAGAAGAUGGGCACCUAACCAUUCAGCAAGACGAUGGGCACCUGACCAUUCAGCAAGACGAUAGGCACCUAGCAAUUAACAGGCUGCCAAGUGAACUUUCUUUUAUAAAGUAG